UCUUUCUAUUGCCCUUCUCUUUCACAUUCACAUUACGUUAUACCCAUUUCUCCCUCUCUCUCUGUCUCUCUCAUCUGCCUCUCCCUCUCCCUCUCCAUCUGCCUCAAUACUGUUCUGUCUCUGCAUUCUUUUUGCUACAAAGAAACGGAACAGAUUGUGGGAGAGGAGGCUCUGAAAGAGUUGGAAAGUAGAUUUCUUUUUCUGGUCUUUCCUUUUUCUGGGUAAAACAGAGAAAAAAGAGAAGAAAUGAAGAGACCUGAAUUGGGCUUUACUAUUCUUGUCUAGGAUUUGUACCUCAAUUUCAUCCACAUUGUUAGCAAUUCAAUACCCAUAUCAGAAACAGAUCGGCUGCUGUAGUUUUUGUACUCACCUGGUUGUUUGAUAGUGAAUUUAGGUCACCUAUCAUCACCUUAUCUCCUAUUUCCUCUGUUUUCUUCUGCUCUGUUGAGAUAGAGAAACACAGAGAUGGCUGAAGAUUCACCAAAAUUCAUAAUACCAGAAUCAUUCCAGGUGUCUAGCGAUGACAUUGGAGCCCAAAUUGGACUCAUUUGGGAGCUAAUCAAAGCUCCAUUGAUAGUUCCUCUGUUGAAGCUCGGGGUUUAUAUUUGCUUAACCAUGUCUCUCAUGCUCUUCAUGGAGAGGCUUUACAUGGGUAUUGUUAUAAUCCUUGUUAAGCUUUUCUGGAAGAAACCAGAAAAACGUUACAAGUGGGAACCCUUGCAAGAUGAUUUGGAAUCAGGCAAUUCGAACUUCCCUGUUGUUCUUGUUCAAAUCCCAAUGUUCAAUGAAAGAGAGGUUUACAAGCUCUCAAUUGGGGCAGCAUCUAAUCUUUCUUGGCCAGCGGAUCGUCUGGUGAUCCAAGUCCUCGAUGAUUCAACUGACCCAGAAAUCAAGCAAAUGGUGGAGCUAGAGUGCCAGAGAUGGGCAAGCAAAGGAGUAGACAUAACGUACCAAAUCAGAGAAAACAGAGGAGGUUAUAAAGCUGGAGCUUUAAAAGAAGGGCUUAAGAGAAGCUAUGUUAAACAUUGCGAGUACGUAGCUAUCUUUGAUGCUGAUUUCCAGCCUGAGCCUGAUUAUCUCAGACGUGCCAUUCCUUUCUUGGUACACAAUUCUGACAUUGCCCUUGUUCAAGCUCGCUGGAGGUUUGUGAAUGCAGAUGAGUGCUUAUUGACAAGAAUGCAAGAGAUGUCAUUGGAUUACCAUUUCACUGUGGAGCAAGAAGUUGGGUCAUCAACUCAUGCAUUCUUUGGCUUCAAUGGGACUGCUGGGGUAUGGAGAAUUGCUGCAAUUAAUGGGGCUGGUGGGUGGAAGGACCGAACCACUGUGGAAGAUAUGGAUCUUGCCGUCCGAUGUAGUCUCAAGGGAUGGAAAUUUCUUUACCUUGGUGACCUGCAGGUGAAAAGUGAACUUCCUAGCACUUUCAAAGCCUUCAGGUUCCAGCAGCACAGGUGGUCCUGUGGUCCUGCUAAUCUGUUCAGGAAAAUGUUGAUGGAAAUAGUUAAAAAUAAGAAAGUGAAAUUCUGGAAGAAGGUUUAUGUGAUCUACAGCUUCUUCUUCGUUCGUAAGAUCAUUGCUCAUAUGGUCACCUUCUGGUUCUACUGUGUUGUUCUUCCAUUAACUAUUUUGGUUCCUGAGGUUGAAGUUCCAAUCUGGGGAGCUGUUUAUAUCCCUUCCAUUAUCACUAUUCUAAAUUCAGUAGGAACUCCAAGGUCAAUUCACUUACUGUUCUAUUGGAUUCUGUUUGAAAAUGUGAUGUCCUUGCACCGAACAAAGGCGACAUUUAUCGGUCUGCUAGAAGCAGGAAGAGCUAAUGAAUGGGUUGUCACUGAAAAACUGGGAAAUAAACUUCAGAAAAAUGCAGAUGCUUCCAAGAACAAAACCAAUGUCAAAAUGUUUAAAAGACCUCGGUUGAAAUUCAUUGACAGGCUCAACACAUUGGAGCUGGGAUUUGCAGCAUUCCUAUUCUUGUGUGGAUGUUAUGAUUUUGUUCAUGGCAAGAACAACUACUUUGUAUACCUUUUCCUCCAAACUAUUACCUUCUUUAUCACCGGAAUCGGCUACGUCGGCACCAUUAUCCCCAGCUCUUAGCUGCAACAGCAGAAGCUACUAGUGACAAGGAAAAAUUGGCGCAGCCCUUUUCGUGUUUUUCAUGUUGUGUUUAUGUUUGUUUCUGCUCUGCAACACAAUAUAUAAGUGGGGAUAUAUCUGCAAAUAUAGAUUGCAAUUCCUACUAUUUAAGAUCAUUUAAGAAAAAUAGGUCAUUCAAUAUGCUUGGCAACAGAUGCCAUUCUCAAAAGAAUUAAUUCUGAAUCACUCAAGUGCAAGUAGAGGGAAAAAGAAAAUAGUAGAAGAGAAAAUGCUGUUAUUUUGCAAACACAUCAUACAGAAUCAAAGACAAAAGAUGCCAGCAGAAACAGCAUAUUCUUUAGGCAAAAAAUAAUGAAAUUUCAUUUGGAUAGAUUGCUUGUAAUUGUGAGAUUCUGUUCCCCUUUUCCCUGUUUUCCAAUUGUUAGUUUCUCCUUAGUUUCAGCAGAACAAUCUGAUGAAAUGAAAGGGUGUUUUUGUAAUCAAAGUUCAUUUAAUUAUUGUUUUUACUUUUCA